UUUUUUUUUUUCUUUUCACCCACUAUUAUUUGGCAAUUUAUGCCUAUUUCUUUUUUUUUUAUUAUACCGUCCAACUUUAAAGCAUAUUGAUAUAUAGAUAUAUAGAAAUCCAAUUAUUAUUAUUAUGGAUACUGACCAAGAAGAAAGGGAUAUGGCUUUCCAAACCUUCAUUGGUGUGGUUGUCUCUGUAUGCGGCAAUGCUCUAAUAUCUGUUGCUUUGAAUGUUCAAAAACUUGCUCAUAAUAAACUUCAAGAACAACAAAUGGCAAAAUAUUUCGCCAAUAUGGAUGAACCUCCUCGUUGGAUAUCAGCCUCUUCACACAGCUCAUAUACCGGCAAUGCAUUUUACCCUGACGAUGGUUACUCUUCACCUAGAACUUCGGAAGAUCUUUCCAAUUCACCCGAAGAGGAGUUGGAACAUCAACGUUUUAUUAUGGCUAUGGCUCAAGAACAACGUGAUGGUGAUAGUGAAUAUCUUCGUUCUAAAUUAUGGUGGCUCGGUAUUACUCUAAUGAUUUUGGGUGAAGUUGGUAACUUUGUGGCUUAUGGUUUUGCACCAGCAUCAACUAUUGCUCCUUUGGGAACUACUACCUUAGUGGCUAAUGUCAUUUUGGCUCCACUCAUGUUAAAAGAAGUAUUUAGAAAACGGGAUUUCCUUGGUAUUAUACUUGCUGUAACAGGUGCAGCUAUUGUAGUUCUUAGUUCAAAUGAACAAGAAACAGCUUUAUCUCCCGAUCUUAUCAUGGAAGCAUUAAUGCAAACUCGUUCUAUUAUUUAUUUUAUUAUAUCUGGUGCAGCUAUUGUUACUCUUACUGCUAUUUCUCCUUGGUAUGGCGCUGAAAGUAUCUUAGUAGAUUUAGGAUUGGUGGCUAUUUAUGGUGGUUAUACUGUUCUUUGUACAAAAAGUGUAGCUUCAUUACUCAGUUUGACUCUUCUCAAUAUGUUCGCUUACCCAAUAUCCUACUUUUUGAUUCUAACUCUGGUUGUUACUGCUAUCUUACAAAUCAAGUACCUCAAUAAAGCUUUACAACGAUUUGAUUCUACGGCUGUUAUUCCCACUCAAUUUGUCUUAUUUACAGUAUCUGCCAUUAUUGGAAGUGCUAUCAUCUAUCAUGAUUUUGAUGAUAUGGGUCUUGAUCAAUUGUCACGUUUCAUGUCUGGAUGUGCUAUUGAAUUUGUUGGUGUUUAUUUGAUCACUUCCAAACGCAACAAUCGACUUGGUGCUCUUGCAUUAAAACCUGAUAAGGACGAAUUACCAAGUUUGGCUAGUGAAGCUUCAGCUGCGACAGCAUUAAUGACAAGUCCACGUACAAGCUUAGAAGAGUCUGACGAUCGAGGUUUGGAUCACACUUCUCAUCCAACAACUAUACCUCAACAACGACAUCUGGACUGGAACUCAAUGGUCCUUUUGCAAGUGGACGUGUUAACCCCAUUAUACAACAACAACAUCAGCAUCAAUUAUACCAUCAGCAACAACAACAACAACAACAACGAGGAAUUGAUACGAUAGUCUCACUUCAUCAUCACCAGCAACAACAUCGUAACGAUGAGGUAAAACAGCAAGAAAGACAUCGAAGACGAAGCUCAGUGAUCCGUGGUUUC